ACAGUAUACAGUCUCUGUAUGGGUUGUCAGUAAUGGUCAGCAGAGUACCAACACUAAUGGCAUGGGAAAUGUGUGUCCAAGCAUUCCGAUUGAAGUAUCAUCUGAAGUGACAAAAAGAGAGUUAACUGUAAAUUGGUUGAAGACUGAUGGCCAUGAUGAUCCUGAUGAGUAUGAAAUCACAAUUAAUUCUCCACAAAUGAAGAAGACUGUUGGUGGCGAUAAGAGGACUGUACAAUUCACUGGUCUUACUCCAGGAAAAAGAUAUGAUAUAUCAGUUGUGGCAAAGGUUUCCUCUCCUGAAUGUUUCAGUGUUGCUGCCACAUC